AUGUGCAAACGUCAAGAGCGGCUAGACCUCAAGUUGAAGUGCCAAGACGUUCCGAUGUGCAUGUUGUGAGGAAGACCGCAUGUCGGACACUGACACUUAGUCGCAGGACUCCAGGAAAUGCACGACGGCCAACUGAGAACUUAAGAUGAAGGAAGAAAAUCGGCCCGUAUAUCCGUCUGCAAUCCGGACUUGCUUCCGAGUUUGGCAAGAGUUUAGAUGCUCUCUUCCCUCACGCAAUUCAAGCACUAUUUGGGAUGCGGCAAGUUCUCUGUACAUACUCGGAUAGCGCAAGAACCAUGGCUAUGAACGGAUCCUUCUGUGUUCUGGCGUCAUUGCGUACUGAAUUUAGUGGCGAAACUUAGCAAACGUUAUUCCAAGUUUCUCCCUCAUGCUACUUCGUGCGGCAAAAUGCUUUGCUCAAGGAUAUAAACCCACUCUGCGAUGCAGAAAAUCUUCACUUCAUCACUAGUGAAUUCAAGAUCCAAUCAUGUUUACGCCUUCUCUGCUGGUGCUCUCUGCUUUUGCUGCUAUCGCGAGCUGUCAAACGCUGUCUGGUCAGUACGAUUGCACCACCAGCGGUCAGUAUUCCCUUUGUCAGAACUUGUGGGGUGCCAGAAGUGGUGUUGGAUCCCAAACGUCAACGCUGAUCAGUACAAGUGGAAAUAACAUUUCCUGGUCGACUACCUGGAACUGGCAGAAUAACCCCAAUAAUGUCAAAAGCUAUGCGAAUGUCUUGUCGGCGACGAGCAAGGGCAAACAGUUGGCUAGCAUUACUACUGCCCCGACUAUCUGGGAUUGGAGCUAUAUGAGCGAGUCAAGCGGAAUUCGUGCUGAUGUCUCAUACGAUAUCUGGUUCGGAGCAGCGCCAAGCGGAACCCCGGCAUCCACUGCGUCCUCCUACGAGAUAAUGAUAUGGCUGUCAGGUGUCGGGGGCAUCCAACCCGUCGGUUCUCAAAUUGCUACCAACGUGAACGUCGCAGGGCACUCGUGGAACGUUUGGAGGGGACCUAAUGCGAACUGGCAGGUCAUCUCCUUCGUGAGCCCUACGGAAAUCCACAACUUCAACGUGGACUUGAAAGAUUUCUUCAACUAUCUUGUUGCACAACAAGGAGUUUCCUCGAGCCAAUACGUCCAGGCAAUCCAAGCAGGAACUGAGCCAUUCACUGGUAACGCCCAACUUAUGACCACCAGUUAUUCCGUUUCGCUUUCUUAAGCUGGAGAUUAAGUACAUGCUGUGCUACCUCUGCCAGGAAAUAUAAGAAUCCCGUGUUGUACAUCUUAUCAUAUUUAUUCGGCGUAGUCUGUACCACCAUCACGGACUUUCCAUCCAAGGCUGAUCUAGAAGAGUUACAGUAUUGCGCAGCCUGACGCGUUUUUUUAGUGAGCAGUCACCUGUCGGUGGUACGGCAUG